UCAUGGAGGGAGAUUUUUAGAAAUCGGAAAGUUUGACUUAGCCGCAGAUAAUCCGUUAGACAUCGAUAUCUUUUCGAAGGAGAUCAGUUUUCACGCUGUAAUGUUAGAUGAAAUUAUAAUUACCAAGAACGGAAUCAGAAAUGAAAUAAGUUCAAGAGUAAACAAACUUCUUAAGGAAAAUGCAAUCAAACCUAUUGUAAGAACAAUCUUCGGCAAAGAUCAAAUAGAGAAAGCUUUUAGAUUCAUGGCUGCUGGUAAACAUAUUGGAAAAGUACUAAUAAAGAUACGCGAAGAAAAUGAACAACUGAAUACCCCCAUCUUGGCUGAACCUUAUUGUAGAUGUUUCCCGAACAAAAGUUAUAUAAUUAUUGGCGGCUUGGGUGGCUUUGGUUUAGAAUUAAUCGAUUGGUUGGUUCUUCGAAAUGCUAAAAAUAUUGUCAUUACUUCACGAAACGGCUUAAAGAAUGGUUAUCAACGAAUGAGAAUCAAGAGAUGGGAAUCAUACGGUGUGAAUAUUAAGAUCCUUGACGGUCUCGAUGCGGCUAAACGAACAGACUGCGAGCUUAUAGUAAAAUCAGCAAUAGAUGAAAGUCCCGUCGAUGGUGUAUUUAACCUCGCGGUUUCUUUGAAGGGUCGUAUUUGUCGUAACCAAACGAUGAAAUCUUUUGAAGAAUGUUUCAAGGGAAAGGCCUGGACAACGAAACGUUUGGACGAAGUCACUAGAAGGCUUUGUCCAGAUCUUCGACACUUCGUAGUUUUCUCUUCCAUCUCGUGCGGAAGGGGAAAUGCUGGCCAAACGAAUUAAGGUAUGGCUAAUUCCAUUAUGAAAAGAAUAUGCGAAAAAAGGGAACAAGAAGAGUUGCCUGGAUUAGCUAUUCAAUGGGGAGCAAUUGGAGACGUCGGUCUGGAUAUGCAGAAUAAUGAUAAAGAACAUGUUAUUGGCGGUACUCUACAGCAAAAAAUAACAUCAUGUUUAGAAGAAAUGAAUCGAUUUUUGGUGCAGGAUAAACCUAUAGUUGCUAGUAUGGUAGUUGCUGAAAAACAAUUAGAUAGCGAUCGUGCAGACAAUGUCGUAAAUGCUGUCUUAAAAAUUAUGUGUAUUAAAGACUUGAAGAGUAUCAAUCAAGAAACUUCCUUGGCUGAACUUGGAAUGGAUUCUAUGAUGGGUGUAGAAAUAAAACAAACUUUAGAGCGCGAGUAUGAAAUAUACCUCAACGCGAAAGAUAUUCGCAGCUUAAAUUUUGCCAAACUUAUGGAAAUAGAAAAUAAGCUAAUAGGUGAUAGUAAUCGUAUUGAAAUUAUUACCGAGAAAAUAUUAUUUGGUACAAAGACAUUGAUGCAAUUGAUCGGCGAAGAACUUUCCUCCGAACUAAUUAUCUCCCUUAAAACUAACCCAGAGGAAGAUCGGAGCGAGAUAUUCUUCAUUCCAGGUAUUGAAGGCUAUGGUAUCAUUUUCAAAACAUUAGAAUCGAAAAUUAAGUCGCCAGCGACUUGUUUCCAACUUGGGACAAAUUAUGAAUUAGAAACUGUAGAAGAAAUAGCCCUUUCAUUUCUACCGCAUAUACUAGAGAAACUUAAAGAUCGAAAAGAUUUUACUUUAGUGGAAUACUCAUUCGGAUCGCUUGUAACAAUUGAACUCACACGACAAUUAGAAGCCAAAGGAUUUAAUGGUCGGCUAAUUUUGAUAGACGGUGGUCCUGAACUAUUAAAAAUACUUGUAGAUCAACAGUUUCAAUCGUCGUCAGAAGAAAAACUACGAAACAAAGUUUUUAUUAUUAUAGAGGAGAUAUUAUCAUCUGUUAAUAGUGAACAGGCU